AUGCCGGAUCGGUCGAGGCCCGGAUCACCAACGACCGCGCUUCCUGCUGCAGUGCCGCAGGGUUAUGGGAGUGAGAAGUAUGCUACUGGGGCACAACCAACUCCAGCAUCCACGGUACAACACCAUCAUUGGUACCUGAAAUCACGGCCAAACAACCUCUCCAUCAUCCAAGUCUACGCCCCGACCUCUGACUAUGACGACGAGACAGUAGAAGAGUUCUAUGAAAAACUGGACAGGACCAUCAAGUCCAUUCCUAAAAAAGACCUGCUGAUUGUCAUGGGAGACUUGAAUGCCAAAGUAGGCGAGGAUGCAUAUGACCUAUGGCCUGGUACAGUUGGACGCUUUGAACUGGGAGAGACCAAUGAUCGUGGAAAAAGACUGCUAGAAUUUUCCACGAGUUACAAGAUGACCCUAGCCAACACACUGUUUCCGCAUAAGACAUCCAGAAGGGCAACAUGGCACUCACCUGACAACAAGACCCACAACCAGAUCGAUUUCAUUCUCUUCUCCUGCAGAUUCAAAUCCAGCAUUAACAAAGCAAAGACCAGAACCUUCCCUGGAGCAGAAAUUGGUAGUGAUCAUGAUAUGGUGCUGCUGACUCUAAGACUCAGACUAAAGAAGAACUACAAGCCUAACAGCGCUCGUAUAAGAUUUGACCUGGAAACAUUACAGGAUCCAACAAUUGCUGCCACGUUCAAGGCAACAUUGGGAGGGAAAUUUGCUGUGCUCAAUCUGUUGGAAGAUUACAUCAACAACCUCACAGACAAUGUGAAAGAAGUGCUACAAGAAACAGCAACAGAGGUACUUGGGAAGAGAAGGAAAAAGAAGAAGCCUUGGGUCACAAAUGACAUCCUGGACCUAUGUGACAACAGAAGAGAGCUCAAGAGGAAGAAGACCACAGAUACAUCCGCCGCUCAGAAGUAUGCCAAAGUCAACAAAGACAUUAGAAACAAAAGGAAGAAGGCUAAAGAGACUUGA